AAAUAAUUGAGGUUAGGGUUUAUUAAUAAAAAAGAAGAAAUGUUAAUGAAAGUUCACCAAAACACACUUUUCAAAAUUGAAUUUCAACACAUUUUAAAUCGAAAUAUGGGUAUAGUGGCAAGUGAUCCAUACUUAAUAUUCAGCACGGGUACCUUAAUUGGGGCCUUAACUACCUAUAUCAUGUUCAAAUUUAGGCAAAAACCAACAAGCGACGUUUGGAAAAGUGGCAUGGAGGAAAGAUUUGAGUUUGGAGACAUUACAAAUGAAUAUAGGUUAAUAAUGGGAAUUAGAAACGACUUGAAAAUGCAGAAAGGCAAAGUAGCCGCACAAUGUGGACAUGCAGCGGUGGCUGCAUAUGCUAAAGCCCAGAAGGAAAGGCCGGAGCUUCUUCGAAAAUGGCUGCGAUUCGGAGGUACAAAAAUAGCUGUAAGAUUAGACUCGGAAGACGACCUGUUCGCCAUAGACAAGAAAGCGAAGGAACUUAAGGUAUUAUCUAGCAUUAUAAGAGAUGCAGGGCAAACUCAAGUCGCCCCCGGUACUCGAACUGUGAUAGCAAUCGGACCCGCACCUAAGAAGGUUUUAGAUCAAAUUACAGGACAUUUAAAGUUGUAUUAAUGCCAAAGAUCAUUAAAUUGAUUCAUCUGGAAAGUAAUCCGAUUAGUAAAUAUGUUUUUUGUUCCUGUAUAUUUGCAAUAAAUUUGCCCGACA